AUGCGUCUCCAGGGCAAUCUGCAGCACGAGUAUACAAGUGGCAAUUGUGUGCCCUUGGAAGGUCCUGGAGUAAGGCAGGAGCUGAUUGCACUUCUCAUAUACCUGAGACUCUGCAUGUUCUUCUCAAAGGAGCAUUAUGAAGUGUUCCUAGAGUUUGGUGGAUAUGAGCAGAAUGAUAUUCUUAUAAGGAAGUCCAAGGCAAAGCUUAUGAAGCCUACGUUCACGGUUGUUCGCGACGAAAGUACCAGAUGCUUCCUCCUUUUUAUCCAGGGAGCUAUCAGUGUUAAGGAUCGCCUGACGGCAGCAACUGCGGCAGAGGUUCCGUUUCAUCAUGUUGUGUCACAAGAAGGCCGUGGAUCAUGUAUAGUUGUUGGGCAUGCACAUUGUGGAAUGGUUGCAGCAGCUCGCUGGGUUGCGGAUCAGGCCAUUCCCUGCCUUAGUAGAGCAGUCGAGCGAUUUCCAGACUACAAAAUUAAGCUGCUUGCAUGA